AUGUCCUCCUCCACCAAGAUCUACAAUGUGAUAGUCUUCGGCGAUGCUGGCGUGGGAAAGACGUGUUUUAUCGACCAGUUCUGUUACGGCAGAUCGUUUGUCAUAUACAAUCCCGAUGACAGCGUGCUCUCUCACAGAAUAGUGGUGGACGAUCAAGCCUCGCUACUGACACUUAUGGAUUUGAGUACCUCCUUCCUCAAACCAGAGCAUGGAGUGCAACACGUUGAGUGGGCCGAGGACAUGCUUGCAAACGCGCAGGGCAUCGUGCUUCUGUAUGAUGUUACGAGCUUGGAGAGUUUCCAAUACAUCAUUGAUCAGGCGUACAAGUUCCUUUGGAAGUGUCGCAGGUCGAAGUGUAAGAAUGAUGACGAAGCAGAUGAUGGGCGUGAGGACUUUGGGUGUGUGCUUGCUGGGAACAAACUAGAUCUCGCAAUCAUCGAACCGGGGAGUAGAGAGGUUAGUCAAAUUUUGGCGGAGGAUUGGGCGCAGACGCAGCAUAUCAAGAGCAUCGAAAUGGACUCGCUAGAAAGAGAAGGCCCAGAGUGUGUGCUUAAGCUGUUGGCGAGGAACAUCAGAAAGACUGAAAGAUUGGACGGGUGGAAGGUGAACCGCGAGGAGAAGCAAGAACAAGAUACAAAAGGGAAGAAGAAAAUCUCAAUUCGUGGCACCCUCAAGGAUGUCUUCAAGUCGCCUAGGACCUAA